CAAUGAGGAAGCAGAGCAGGCUGUGGUGUAUCACUACAAGCAUGGCUUGUCUGGUUUUGCUGCAAUGCUGACUAAAAGUCAGGCAAAUAUGUUAGCAAAUAGUGAUGGCGUCGUAUCUGUGUUUGAGAGCAAAGUAUCGCAAGUGCACACCACAAGAAGCUGGGAUUUUAUGGGUCUGAGCCUGGACACUAGUAAUCCGUUGCAGAAACGCUAUGGGGAUGAUGUAAUCGUUGGGCUUAUCGACACAGGCAUAUGGCCUGAAUCAGAUAGUUUCAAAGAGGAGCCCGGGAUGGGACCCAUACGAAAGUCUUGGAAAGGAAAAUGCGUGCGCGGCCAAGAAUUCGAACCGAAAAGUGCAUGCAACAGGAAGCUGAUCGGGGCGCGAUACUACCUGGCGGGGUACGAGAGGGUGGUCGGGAAGAUCAAUUUGGACGGGAAUUUCACCGAGUACAAUUCGUCUCGGGACUUCUGCGGGCACGGAACCCACACGGCGUCGACGGCGGUGGGGUCGAUAUCCGAUGGGGCGAGCUUCUUUGGGUUGGCGAGGGGGACGGCCAGAGGCGGGGCACCCAGGGCCAGGCUGGCGGUGUACAAGGCCUGCUGGAGUAUGCUCGGACAAUGCACUGAUGCUGACCUGCUUGCUGCUUUCGACGACGCCCUGCACGAUGGGGUCCACGUCAUAUCGGUUUCCGUCGGGAGUCCGCCCCCACUUUCGCCCUUCUACGAAUCAGUGGCUGAUAUCGGCUCGUUUCACGCGAUGCAGAAAGGGGUGAGCGUGGUAUUUGCGGCAGGUAAUAAUGGGCCCGAGCCAUAUCUGGUGACGAAUGUCAACCCCUGGAGCAUCUGUGUAGCCGCGUCCACAAUCGAUCGAAGCUUUCCCACAAAGAUUCAGAUGCAUUCGUAUACAGGGACCUCCUCAUCCUCCUCGGACUAUCUGGGUGAUGGUCUGAUAAACAGCACUAUAAGUGGACAGCUCGCUUAUGCUCAUGAUUAUUUCGAUGAUGGGUAUGUGUGUUGUAAUUAA